AAGGACGAUUUGAUUAUUUCAAGUGAUGAAGUGGUCAGAUCAUAUACAUAGUUAAUUAGUCUUAGCGCCAGUUUGACCAAAAUAAUCCAUUUGCGUUCUCGAGUUGUACGCACGUGCAGAAAUGGGAAACAAUCACGGUGGCUUUCGUCUUCUCAGUAGUGCAGAUACUUCUUACAAUUUACGGCUAAAAUCUGUUGCAACCGGCUCAAAAGAAAAGAAAUUUGAGUAUAACAGUGACAAUAAUGAAACCAAAACGACAUGGGAAGUAUCAUACACAGGAGAAGAUGGGUUAACUUGUAAGCUAAUCUUAAUCAAAACCAUCGAAAGACGAUUUGAAAAAAAUCUUUGGGAGCAGUUAGAUAUCCAAAUCAAAGACCGUAUAAAUAAAGAUUUAAAUUCAUUUUACGAUAGAGCACAAACAACUGAAGCUGGUCUUCUGAACGUAAAAACUAAAACGAUCAUCUAUCCGAACCAUUUCACUUCCAAUAGCGUCAGUUUAGGUCAAGUAAUUUUCCUAACUAGUCUUCUCGUUCCAAGAAAGAGUACUAAUGGACGUGGUGAUGUUAUUACAGAAACGAGUGUUUUCGAGUAUGGGAGUGGAACUAGAAAGGGUCUAAUAGUUUGGGAGUGGAAGAAAAAGAGAGGGGAUGAACAACCUUUUAUGGGGACUGUGGCACAUUAUUAUAUCAAUAAUUUGGAUGGAGACGUUGGUCUCUCUGUGGUGGUGAAGAUCAGAGUGUCAAAUUAUGAUGGGCAUUUGGAAUUUGAAGUGGAAGGUCCUGUGCAACACCCUACUUCUGCAUUAUCUUACAUGUUUGAAGAAGCUUGUAGAACCAAAACUUGGAGGACUACAAUGUGUGCUCAUUGUGCUGCUAUUCAGAAGCAGCGACGUAACAGCAUGUUCUGGCAAUCUGAAAGUGAAGAUAGUGACAACUUUUCAAUGUCUAGACUUCAAAACCGCUGGCAAACCUCUUCAAGUGUUCUUGCUAAUGAAGGUGCUAUUAAGGGUAACAACAACGGCAACUUCAGCGUGGAAAAAUUUUUCUACGGUGGACGAUAAUUUAAUUAAGUGUACGUGUUAUGAUAUUUAGAGGAGUUAUAAAUGAUUGGCUGGGGCUGCAAAUCGCUUUAUCAAGUAAUGGCAAUUCAUGUUUUGUAGAAACAAGCGUCAAGAUGAAAACAAAGCUUAAGGCAAAACAAAGGUGUUAAUAUCAUUUCCCGACAAGAGAAUUUCAGUGAAAAUAAAGUGAAGGAAUCAAUCAUGGUUAGGUCUUGGAUGAGAAUUAGUGCUUAGAUAUAUGAUGGUUCUAUUUUUCAUUUAUAAAAGUUGGCUUUGUAAUUCCUUUGCUAUGCUUUUGUCUCCUCAAUAAACUUCAUGGUUU